AUGGCGAAACCCUCGUCGCGCAAGCCGACGAUCCCGGCCCCUCCAGUGCCCGCGAAAAGCUCCGCUUCUAGCAACGUCUCCAUCCGAGCUACACGUUCUACCGCCCGCCACGGCAGGAUCCAAAGAUCAGGUCCCGUCUGGUGUCGCAAAGCUUCAAAGAUUGGCGCAAAAGGACCAGCGGCCGACAAGGUCUACAAGAUGUGCAUAGGGCUUCUCACCGAGGCUGAUGAGGCGUCGGAGAAGCAACGAACUGACAUGGACCAAGAACGACAGGAACUAUUGCGCAAAUUAGAGCAAUUGCGCAAUGAUAUGAGCCACAUGACGGGCCAAAUCAACCAGCUCAGGGCGCAGGGGAAACAGGCUCUGGAUGAGAAAAGCGAACUGGAGAAGCGGCUGCUCCAGAUGAAGCAGGCUCUUGAUGCAGCCAGCACCACCAAUCAGCACCAGGUCGCGUGGAAUGAGGUUUUUCCGGUGCUACAACAGGCACAAAACAGUCUACUCUUGACGGCUGGCGAGGUCGGCAGAUCGCUUGACGCUCUCCAGAAUAAGCAGAAUGGUAUGCAUCUGCCGGAUUCGAUGCUAUAUGAGGAUGUCUGGACCAACUCGACCGCUCCACCAGCGAGGUUGGGUUCGAACUCCCUUCCGUCCCUUCCCUCCCAUCCUAUGCCGCCAGCCAACCCAUCCAUGAACACUUCCCAGGCAGCGUCUCAGUUUGACCACUGCGGCUUGCUAUCAUGA